AUGGCUGCCACUCGGAACUUACCCGCACACCUCGCCGAAUUGGCUGACAUCCUCGGUCCUGAUGUUGACGUUGCCAUCCUGGAGAAGCUCCAUGUCAUCUCGGACGGGAACCUCAAUCGCGCCAUCAAUCACUUUUAUGAAGGAACCUACAACACCGCCACUAUACCAGUACGAGGUCCUGCACAAGCACAAGCACAAGCACAAGCAACAACAUCGUCAGCAAGAAUACUGGCUGGCCAGAAACGCAACGCAACCAUUGUCAACUCAGACGAGCAGCUCUUCACACGGCGGACCGGUGCCACCUCACAGUCUGUCAAACAGGAGUCAGGAACAAUAUCACAGUCUGCCGCUGCUGGAAAAAAACGCAAGAUCCAGGACUCGUUCUUUCCCAAGUACCUCGGCGAGAUCACCAUCGUUGCUUAUGCGCUCGGAGGGAUGGUCAAGAUCAAGGCAGGAGAGGAUGUGUGCUUUGAGAGGUCACGGCCUAAUCCACAGUCUCAACUGGGUCGUAAGAAGACGGGAUGGGCAGCCAAGCCGGCCAAGGAGAACAACGUCGUCCGGUUCACAAAGGAAAACGGCUUUGAGAUUGGCCGACUGCAUGUGGACACGGCGCGAUGGGUCUCCAAGAUCAUGGAUUAUGGGCUGGCAGAGUUUCGAGGCACGAUCAUCCUUGCACCACCCGUCCUGCAGACUGGGGCCGAGAUCGUGCUGACGAUGCGCUGCUACUUGACUGUUGCAGCCUUCACGGAGUUAGGAUCAGCUAGCAAGGUCUUGGGAAACCCCAAAGCAGGAUCGUCGUUUGCGAAGGAGGCGAUGGAGACGGAGGAUGAGUUGGAUCUCAAGUUCAGGAAGUACGCCAUGAACGCCAUGUUUCGGGAACUAGCGUUGACGCCCAUUGCCACCAAUACUACCGUUGGGCCGCGUGACCAAAACAUCGAAAUUUUCAGCUCGACACCCGAAGUAACUGCGACGGUCAACGAGGGCGAGGAGGAGAAGGAGGGCGAGCCUGAGGUGUCGGACAAGGAGCUCGAUGUACUCUACGAGAAGGCACAACAGCACGGACGUGAGUUUGCUCCGAUGGAUCCACCACCAACGAUGACCUACACUCUCAAGCAAUACCAACGGCAUGCGCUGGCCUGGAUGUACCACAAGGAAUGCUCAGUGACGACCGAGGGCCACCAGACAUUACAUCCGCUUUGGGAGGCAUACGAGUUCAAGCAGGAAGAUGGCCAGGGUCUCAAAUCGGACGAACCUCAGAGAUAUUACUUUAACCCAUACUCGAGCGAGAUGAGCCUCGAGUUCCCGACGAGUGACCAAUUGUGCCGAGGCGGAAUUCUGGCGGAUGAGAUGGGCCUGGGCAAGACUAUCGAGAUCUUGAGCUUGGUACACUCCAACAAGAUGGACAAGGCGGAGCUGGACGCGCCCGAGGAGGCGUUCUCACGACUCACAACAUCAAGCUCAGCACCAACGCCACGAAGAUCAUCGCCAACAACUCUUAUUGUAUGUCCGAUGAGUUUGAUUUCGCAAUGGCGCGAUGAGACUACCAACUCUUCUGGAGGAGCGUUGACUGUCGAGGUUUACUACGGAGGUGCCAGGGACCGUACAGAUGAAUCUCUUCUCAGGAGAGGGGCUCCGGAUGUCUUGAUCACAAGUUAUGGCGUCGUCUUGUCGGAGUACAGUAAGAUUGUCGGUGCGAGAGAGAACGAGCAGUCCAAGUCCAAGGGGGUGAGUGACCUGGAUAAUAUUAAGGCCCAAAAUUUCUGGCGAAAAGGAAGCGCGCUGUUCAAUGUGGACUUUCAUAGAGUUGUACUGGAUGAAGCCCAUCAGAUCAAGAGCCGGCUAACCAAGACUGCAAAGGCGUGCUAUGCACUCAAUUCUGUGCGGAGGUGGGUCGUCACUGGAACUCCUGUUCAAAACAAGCUGGAAGAUCUGUUUUCACUCGUCCAUUUCUUGCGGGCCGAGCCUUGGUCCAACUUUUCGUUCUGGCGCACGUUUAUCACGAUACCGUUCGAGUCCAAGGAUAAGGAUAAGGCUAUGCGAGUGGUUACGUCGGUUCUGGAACCCCUUGUCUUGAGACGGACCAAAACUACCAAAGAUGAGAAUGGAGACCCGAUCAUCAUGUUACCAGAGAGAACUAUUGAGAUUGAAUAUCUCAAGUUUUCAGCUCAAGAGAACGACAUCUACCAGGCCUUGUUCAAGGAUGGAAAGACUAAGUUUAACCACUACUGCAGGGCGGGUACAGUGCUGAGGCAUUAUGCCAGUAUCUUUCAACUACUUAUGAGGAUGCGCCAAGUGUGUGACCAUCCAUUGCUGGUAGUGGGGCGAGGAGGCAAGGCAGACGGCGCACAAGAUCUCAAGGAUGGCCCAGUCCAACUGGAGGAGCUCAUGGCAAAGUUCUCUGGCGACAGCGACCAGAAUGAUACAUCCUUUGGAGCGAGCGUACUUGAGAACUUGAUGAGGAACACGGAGGCUAUCCCAGAAUGCCCAGUCUGUUUUGAGGAUAUGGCAGAUGGCGUUCUGAUGCCUUGCAUGCAUGCUGCCUGUCGCAGUUGUGUUCUUGACUAUCUCCAAGUCCGCGAUGACAAGGGCGAGAGUGGAGAGUGUCCGAUUUGUAGGCAAGGCCCCAUCACUGAGAACGAUUUGAUCGAGUAUACCACUUCCGAGGCAGCAGCAACUGGAGCUAGAAAGGAGCUUACAGACGACGAGAGGUCAAACGUGUCAGGAGGAAACGUUCUGAUCAGCGAUCCUAGCGGCAACAGUACCCGUGUGAUCCAGAUGCGGCGAAACAACUUCAAGUCCUCGGCCAAACUGGACGCGUUGAUGCGACAUUUGAAUCGAGACCGGAAAGCAGACCCUGACACAAAGGCAGUUGUGUUUUCUCAAUUCACGGGAAUGUUGGAUUUGGCAGGGUCGAUUUUGGACAGGGAUGGAUUCCAGUUUUUGAGGUUGGAUGGUACACUGAGUCAAGCCAGUCGCGAACAGACAUUGAAGGCGUUCAAGGACCCGGACCAUCCUGCCACGGUGAUGCUGAUUAGUUUGCGUGCUGGAGGUGUUGGUUUGAACUUGACCGCGGCUAGUCGCGUCUACAUGCUUGAUCCGUGGUGGAACUACGCGAUUGAAUCACAGGCCAUUGACCGAGUGCACCGAAUUGGUCAGACCAAACCUGUGAUCGUCAAGCGGUUUAUUAUCCAGGACUCUGUGGAGGAGAAGAUUCUGAGCAUCCAGAGCCGAAAGAACGCGUUGGCUUCUGGACUUGGAAUGACAAAGAUGGAAGCCCAAGGCGCCAGAAUGGAUGACCUGCAGGAGAUUUUCUCUUAG